AUGCACUCGGUGAACCACUGGGGCGGGUCGUUCGACAUCACCACCGACGUGGCAUCGGAGGACGACGACUGCCGGAACACGGACGUCGACGCCGGUGCGUUGUCGGCGCGGCAGCACCACGAGCUGGACGAAACACAGCAGGGCUGGCUGCUGAGCCCGGAGGGGGCCAAGAAGAGGAGCAGGCACGUCGACCUCGGCUGCGUCGUCGUCAAGCGCAAGGUCCUGCGGUGGGCGUUCUGGGGGCUCGUCGCCGGCUUCGUCCUCGUCGGCCUCCCCGUCACCGUCUACAAGUCCAUCCCGCACAGGCCGCCCCGCCCGCCGCCGCCGGACCGGUACGCCGAGGCGCUGCACAAGGCGCUCCUCUUCUUCAACGCCCAGAAAUCCGGCCGGAUUCCGAGGAACAACGGCAUCCCGUGGCGUGGGGACUCUGGCCUCAAGGACGGCUCCGACGCUAAGGACGUGAAGGGCGGCCUCGUCGGCGGUUACUACGACGCCGGGGACAACAUCAAGUUCCACUUCCCGAUGGCCUUCUCCAUGACGCUGCUGAGCUGGUCAGUGAUCGAGUACAGCGCCAAGUACAAGGCCGUGGAGGAGCACGACCAUGUCAGGGAGCUCAUCAAGUGGGGCACCGACUAUCUACUGCGCACCUUCAACUCCUCCGCUUCCACGAUCGGCCACGUCUACGCUCAGGUGGGUGCGGCAAAGAUCAAGAGCAGGACGCCGGACGACCACUACUGCUGGAACCGGCCGGAGGACAUGGCGUACCCUCGGCCGUCCCUGGCGGUGAGCUCGGCUCCCGACCUUGGAGGGGAGAUCGCCGCGGCCCUGGCGGCCGCCUCCAUCGCCUUCCGCGACGACGACGACGCCUACUCUAAGAAGCUCGUCCGCAGCGCGGUCACCAUGUUCGAGUUCGCCACCCGCGACUGGGCGGACGAGCACGCCACCUACUCCAGGCACCGGCCGGAGGUCGAGCCCUUCUACAACUCCACCAGCUACUGGGACGAGUACGUCUGGGCCGCCGCGUGGAUGUACUACGCCACCGGCAACGCCAGCUACGUCAGCUUCGCCACCGACCCUCGGCUCGCCGAGCGCGCCAGGGCCUUCUACGACGACGUGCUCGACUUCUCCGUGUUCAGCUGGGACAACAAGCUCCCUGGCGCCGGCCUGCUCCUGUCGCGGCUGCGCAUGUUCCUCAACCCCGGCUACCCCUACGAGCAGUCCCUCGUCCGCUACCACAUGGAGACCGGCCUCGACAUGUGCAAGUACCUCCGGCGCUUCGGGGCCUUCAACUUCACCGGGGGCGGGCUCGCGCUCUUCAACCACGGCAGGGGGCAGCCGCUGCAGUACGUGGUCGCCAACUCCUUCCUCGCCGCGCUCUUCGCCGACUACAUGGAGGCGAUCAACGUCCCCGGGUGGUACUGCGGACCCAACUUCAUGCCCAUUGAGGACCUCCGUGCGUUCGCCAAGUCUCAGCUCAACUACAUCCUUGGGGACAACCCGAGGAAGACGAGCUACGUGGUGGGCUUCGGCAACAAGUACCCUCGGCAUGUCCACCACCGGGGCGCGUCGACGCCGCACAGCCGCGUCAAGUACUCGUGCACCGGCGGGUACAGGUGGCGCGACACCAAGAAGGCGGACCCGAACGUGAUCACGGGCGCGAUGGUGGGCGGGCCGGACCGCAACGACAGGUUCAACGACUCGCGCAUGGCCUUUGGGCACACCGAGCCGACUCUGGUGGGCAACGCCGGCCUCGUGGCGGCGCUGGUGGCCAUCACCAGCAGCGGCCGCGGCGUCGGAGCCGUCGACAAGAACAGCAUGUUCUCCGCGGUGCAGCCGCUGUUCCCGGCCACCCCACCUCCGCCGCCCGUGUGGAAGCCUUGA